AUGUGGUUACAUAGCUAUCUUGAAGCAACGAGUAGUGUAAAACUUUUCCUGACAAUAUGCCAAUCGAUUUCUCAAGUGAUUGGGAACCAAAUAAAGAGACAAAGAAAGGUAACUGCACAUGGAUUCAUCAUUGCUUCAUCGCAGGUGAAGUUAGCAAACUGGAUUUUUAAGGCAUACCCAGAGACUUCAGCUAAUGUUAAAUUGCAAGACGAUGUGCUCAGGACAAGAUACAUGAACCUUCUAUUCAGCAUCAUCAAGAUACUUCACCACAAACCUCUGAGUGAUCUCACGGAAGAUGAGUUGAGCAAAGCUUCCAAGAAGUUGUCUGAUGUGACACAAGCUGGUUUUAGUGUGGAAUGGUUGGCUUCAAAGCUUGAGAAAGUGUCCUUGGAGAAGAAGACUUCUGAAGAUCGGAUUCGGGAACUCGAACAAGAGGUCGAAAAACUUAAGCUUACCAUGUCAGAGGAGAAGGCCAAGUUGAAGAAGCAACCAUCUUGGAUCACCAAGACAGAGAUAGAUGUUUCUCCUUAG